AUAUAAUUGUUUCACUGAGAACAACAUCUGUAACCACAACGCUUGCGAGCGUUUAAUCCACGACUCGAGUGUAUUCGCCACAUUGAUAGCCACACUGGGUCAAAUAGCACAACAACAACUACAUGGAACUCACACACAUAAUAUUGAUCAGUGGCUGCUGCAGCAAUUAAAGCUUGCAAUAGAAUCCAAUUUUGACUUUCGUGCCACUGCAGCCAUCAUAACCGCAGAGGAACAAGUGGCGGCGGGGGCGGCGGCGUUAGAAGAGGUACCAGCACAGAUAUUACCAAUAGAAAAAACAAUAGUAGCAACUGAAUUAGCAGCAACAAAUUUAAGUAUAGACGUUCAACAACGCAUUAAAGUAGAAACGGCGAAGACGACCGAGGACAAGAUUAGCGUGUCUACGGCGGCCGUGAUAGCAAACGCAGUAGAUAAAGCGGAGCAAAACGACGACAGCAACUUUGGUAAGGUAUCAACAGAAAAAUUGAUAACAGCGGCAGACGAAAGUACCAUAUCCCAACUGCAGAUACCAACACCGAGAAUUCCAUCGCUUGGGGAGGUCUUACUACCAAAUGCACUCAAUAUACCGCCAGUGGCAUCCACUUUGGCCGCUGCAUUGCAUGCUCAAAUGACAUCGGUCGUACAACAGCAACAAAACCAGGAUCAACAACAACACGAAAAACAACAACAUCACUUCCAUCAAUUGCAUACCAACCAUCAUCAAAACCAAAGCUAUCACUCGCACCAGCACGAACGUCACGAAGAAGGGUACGUGCAACACAGCCAGCUCCAACUACAACAACAACAACAAAUAGAAAACGAGCAGCAUCAGCAAUUAUUUCACCAGCAUCGCUCCCAACUAUUCAAAAUGGACGCCGAGUUUUGGCAACAAGCGCGCGGUCCUUUCGGCCUCCAUACCGCCGCCGCACUUGCUACCAAUCAACUGCAUCACCAUCACCAACAAAAUCCGCAACAACAAUCGCAUUCAGCCCAGCAACAACAUAAUCAGCCUUCGGUGCAAACACAGCAUACUCAGCAACCUCCUCAUUUAAGCAAUAUGACGACAGCGGCCGUGCCGCAUCAUGAGCAACAACACCAACAGUCAUCUUCAACGCUACCAGCGUUGCCAUCACACGAACAACAUCAGCAAAAUCAUCAUUUACUGUUCAAUGCAGCAGCCGCUGCGGCCGCGGCCGUUCACUUGAGUGGAGUUGUUAAAUCAAAUGAAUUGCAGAAUGUCACCAACGGCAUAAAUGUCGGCGGUGUUGGCACCAACAGCCCCUCAACACAUGAUGGCUCAGCUGUAUGCAAUAAUAAUGCCAGCGGGAAUCGCAACAGCAGUUGCAACGAUACAGCUGGAAGCAGUGAACGACUUAGCAUAAGUGUCAAGCAAGAAAUGAAAGCAGUGGCGGCUUCUGUAGCAGCGAGUAAUCAACACCAACCCCAACAGUCAAAAUACCAACCGAAUAUACACAAUGCCAUCGACGCGUUGCACCAUCAGCUGCAGCAACAACUACAACAGCAGAACUUAGCAUCUAGUACCAGCGCUGCUGAUGAAACUGAUGCCUUCAAGAAUCAGCUCAAAACACAACAAGUGAGCGGUCUUAGCAGCUCUAGUAGUGUGCAUCAGCAGCACACGCAUGCCCAAAAUUCACAAACACGACCUAAUAAUACCACACACGAACAUCACCAGCAACAGGAGCAGCAGCACCAACAACUGCCUUCGCAUACGCUAUCGCAGCUGCAGCAAUCUAAUGGACAACAUCGUGAAAUGGGGGCAGGGCGCAGUAGCCCUCCGCUCGUGCACAGCGGUGUCAGUGGCACCGCGCUUGUACCGCUACAUUCGCCACAGCAAUCACUGACACCAUCCGUGAGCAGCUCAACACCCGACAUCAAGUACAACAGCGACAAGCUGGUCAAUGAAAUCCAGCUGCAAUUAUCCCGGUCGAACAGCGCAGCCGCCAUCAGUGAACGUACUUUAGAAGAAUGUUGGUCGACCCUGCAACGUCUUUUCAUGCACAAAAGCGCUAUGCAACAGAUACAGCAGAUACCUCGCGUCGGCCUCGGUGCUCCUGGCAGUAUGGCCGCCGAAAGUAAACCACACCAAUGUCAACAAUGCAUGAAGAGUUUCUCCAGCAAUCAUCAAUUGGUACAGCACAUCCGCGUCCACACCGGCGAAAAACCGUACAAAUGCUCAUAUUGUGAUCGUAGAUUUAAGCAGCUUUCUCACGUGCAGCAACAUACGCGAUUACACACUGGUGAACGUCCAUACAAAUGUCACUUGCCGGAUUGCGGUCGCGCUUUCAUUCAAUUAUCAAAUUUACAACAACAUUUACGAAAUCAUGACGCACAAGUGGAACGUGCAAAAAAUCGUCCAUUUCACUGCAAUAUCUGCGGCAAAGGUUUUGCCACUGAGUCUAGUUUACGCACGCACACAUCGAAGGAGCUACAGCUGCAUCUUGGUGUCUUGCAGCAGCAUGCGGCAUUGAUUGGCGGCCCCAACGCUACUUCCUGCCAAGUAUGCCACAAACUAUUCUUGGGAGCCGAUGCUUUAAUGGAGCAUAUGAAGUAUGCGCACAAGGAGAAGUCGGUACCAAGCGUUGGUAGUCCCUAUAUUGAUAACUCGGUAUCCGGUUGUAUGCAGUCGUCGUCCAGCGAACCGUAUUUGGCUAAGCGACGGACUGCCAAUCAUCCAUGCCCGGUCUGCGGAAAGCACUAUGUAAACGAGGGCUCACUGCGUAAGCACUUGGCUUGUCAUCCGGAGACAACGCAGCUAACAAAUAGUUUGCGCAUGUGGCCGUGUUCAGUAUGUCAAGCUGUAUUCACACAUGAAAAUGGUCUUCUCACACACAUGGAACAUAUGCGUAUGGAUCCUAAGCACCAAUUUGCUGCACAGUAUGUGUUAUCACGGGCAGCAGCAGAAAGAAGGGAACGUGAUUCAAUACUAGCUGCAACGCUAGUUGCCUCGGCUAGUGGAGGGUGUAGCGGAGGUGGCAAUGGAGGCAACGGCUUACUGCCUUUGAUAAGCGAUGGCGGGGGCUCGAAUUCCCUAUGUCCUUCGCCUUCAGCUAACUCAGAAUGUUCUUCGACAGGGCGCCUUUCAUCCUCUGCAGCUUCUGAGCAGGGGAGUGGUAUUCAGUUACUAUCUAACAACAGCAAUAACAACAAUAAUUGCCCUAGCAAUAAAUUGAAUGAGCUAUUGGGUCGUACGAGUAGUAACCCUCACUUAAGCAAUCAGUAUGGGGUCGGCGUGGACACGGAUAUACACGUGGCAAACCGCAUGUCAUUGAUGGCCGCUGCAUCAGCAGCUGCGGUAGCUGUGGCAGCUUCAGCUAGUGGCGCAGGAGUAAGUGGUGGAGGGAAUGUGGCUGGUGUAUCUGGUGUGGGCAUGGCAUCUCCAGUUGGCUGCGUCGAAUCUACCAGAUCAAGUGUGCAAGCAGCUGUUGUAAAUUUGGCGGCUGCGAUGCGCAUUAAUCAAGUUAGCCAACAACAAAGCGGGGGCAAUAUUGCCGUAGGCUGUAGCAGUAACAGUGCAUCAACCAGCGUUGGUAAUGUAGUCAGCAAUACGUCCAGUCAGCAGCAAAUGCACACACAGCAUCCCCAACAACAACAUCAGACGCAGCAGCAACAACAACUGCAGCAAGAAACCCCAGGAGACAACAAUCAAACAUCGAUAUCAGGGCCAUUGACGCCUAGUGGCUUGCGUAUGAGCGCUAACUCCCCGAACGCGAUAAUUCCAAAUCUACAAUCAGAUUCAUCUGCAGUUAACGCAGUCGCGACGAUGAACGCUAUGCGUGACUCGAUGAUGCGCAGUACUAUGAGUGUCGUGGAUCCGUUAAGUGGAAUGCAUCAGCAACACGAUCAACAUAUUCACGGACAUCAUCAACACCAUACGACGAACAAUUUGCAAACAGGACACACUUCUUAUAGCCAGCACAGCGUUUCCGGUAGCAGCCAUCAAAGCCAACACCAUGUGGCUUCAGCACUACAGAAUGCCACAAUGCAUCAUCACCAUCACCAUCAUUUGAAUCAGAUGCAACAACCGCACUCACCAGAUGCUGCAUUACGUAUGCAGCAGCAUGCGGAAGCUAUACUUCGCUCCCACACAGAAGCGGCUUUUCGCUUAGCAGCAACCGUGGCGGCAUCCAACAGCGUCAUAGGAGGCAGUAGUGGAGCACAUGUAGCUGUAACAAGCGCGAAUGACAGUAAUAAUGACAAUAAUGGCGCUUCACAGAACAACAACGCAAUACAGGUUAAAGCAGAAUCCCAUCAAACGCCACAGCAACAACUAAUCGGAGGUGAUGUGGCGUUGCAACAACAACAGCAGCAUCAUCACCAACAUUUAUUGUCUCAACAACAAACACAAAAGCUAAACACCAGUGGCAGCUUACAACAGCAAUCCACAACCGUAGUGUCCCAGCAGCAGUCACAAUUAACUUCCGAUCUUAGCGAAGCGAUACGUAUGCAGGAGCACCGGUUGGAGCAAGCCUUGCGGUUGCAUAACGACGCACGAGCGCUAAACUUUCUCACAGCCGCCCAACAGACCACCAAUAAUGCAGUCACAGCAGCUGUUAAUACUGCAAGUCUACAUCAUCAGCAACAACAACAACCGCAAACAUCUACAACACAGCAUCACAGUAGUGCGUGAAAACCAAUCAUUUGUGAUAACUUAAAGGUCGCCUUAGAUGUAAUUGCACGGAGCGAUGCAUAUUGACAGGUAAUACAGCAACAGCAACAACAACAGCGGUAAACACUCGAUGCCAAAGGAUAAGGGAGCAAAACAAACUGGUUUAAAGGAAAUAUGUACCAAAGCCAUACAAGUAUAUUAGCGGUCUUAUCGAUACUUUGGGAAUCUAACGUCACUCCCUCACAAUAUAUUUAUAUUACAUAUAUACAUAUAUAUAUGUAUAUGUAUAUAUAUUUAUCGCGUAUUGCGAUGUUAUAUAUAUACUACAUAUAUAUAUAUAUAUAUAUAUAUGUAUAUGUCUGGAGCGAUUAUUAUAACCAUAUAAACAUGUAGAAAAAUGAAUCAAUUUUAAAGUAGUAUUCCACAUAAGCAAAUCAUACAGACAUAAAUAUAACUUGGUCAGGUAAAAUUGAAGAACUCAUAAUAAGGAAAGUAUUAAUUAUUGAAAAUACUUUCUUUGCGAAAUAAAAAUACGAGGGAAACUUAA